AUGCCUCCCUCUGGUCUUGCCAUUAUCAUUGGUGCUGGUCCAAACACUGGAACCGGUAUAGCUCGCAUUCUCUCUCACCCCUCCCACGGCAACCUAGCUGUCGCCCUCCUCGCCCGCCGUCCCGAAAACCUCUCCAGCGUCCGUGCAAACCUGCAAGAGACAUCCCCAGGAAGUAUCAUCGAGAGCUUUCCCACCGAUACCUCACCCAUACAGCUUAAAUCCGCCUUCCAAUCCAUCCGCAAUCACAGCUCCUUCAAAAACCUCAAGCUAAAAGUAGCCGUCUACUCCGUAAAACACGCAUCCAAAAAGCCUUUCCUGAACGAGACCUACGAGGACUUCACCGAGAGCCUAGAGCAAUACGUCGGCGGCGCCUUCACCUUUUCACAAGAAGCGCUCAAGAUGUUCUUCGAGCACCACGGCGAGGCCCCGUUGUCCGAGACGGGCGAGAAGAAAGGGACACUUAUCUUUACAGGCACGCUGGGCGCGCUGAGAUGUAAUGCCGAGUAUGCGGCGUAUGGAGCGGGACGGUCGAGCGUAAGGCAACUGGCGCAGACGCUGGCGAGGGAGUUCAGUGCCAAGGGCGUGCAUGUCGCGCAUACGAUUGCGAAUGGGAUUAUCGAGGAUAAGGAUGGAGAGGCGCAGAAGGUAGGGAAGAAUAUGAGUGCUGAUGCUGUGGGCAAGACGUAUCUUUGGCUUUCGCAGCAGGGGCCGGAGUUGUGGACACAUGAGUUGGAUAUGAGACCUGCUGCUGAGAAGUUUUAG